UAUUGCAUAGAUAAGAGUAUUAGUCUAGUACAUCGUUUUAAAAGUUCACUAGUUAUUAAAUUUCAUAUUGUAAAGGAAGAGCCAAGAAAGAUGGCGAAAUUAUUUAUUCUUUUUGCUUGUGUAGCUGGAGCACUGUCUGCAACAGUUGUUGAUGUUUUGAAGACAAGAAGGGAGCCCACAUUGUUGAGCCUUAUACAGGCAGCUGGUCUGGAGCAAGCACUUUCCGGAGAUGGCCCAUUUACCAUUUUUGCACCAAGUGAAACAGCUUUCCGCAGACUGGGGACGAGCACAUUGGAUGCGUUGAAGAAUGAUCCCGCCAAACUGGCUGAAAUUCUCAAAUAUCAUGUAGUCCCUGGCAUUUAUUCCUCCGGUAAUUUGACAGUUAACGAAAUGAUGUUAGACAGCUUGAAUCAACAAAAGAUUCGGGUCAAUUACUACAUGUACAACAAGCACAUAGCAGUUGAUGGUGCACGUGUUAUAAGUGCCAACUUCAAGGCCAGCAAUGGUAUCGUUCAUAUCAUAGAUCACGUGAUGAUGCCACCAAGUGGAACCAUUGCUGAUAUUCUAGCAUCAAACCCAGACCUUUCAACACUUAAAGCCGCAGUUGAUGCCGCCGGACUUACCAGUGCCUUAGCCGACGGACCGUACACACUGUUUGCACCUAAAAACUCAGCAUUUGAUCGUCUUGGAAACGACACCGUACAGGCACUUCUCGGAAAUACAGACCUUCUGCAAUCAAUUCUUCUGUACCAUGUGGUACAUGGAACUCUGUAUAGUACUGGCAUGCACUCUGGAGCUCUGCAUACAUUAGAAGCUGUAGACAGUGAAAGACUUGUUGCUUCUUUUGGAGGUUAUCAGGUUAGUGUCGAUGGUGCACGUGUGACUUCAAAAGAUAUCAGUGCGACAAAUGGAGUCAUCCACAUUAUAGAUCACGUGCUCCUCCCAAGCUCAUUGAAACCUGCAAUUGCUAAUUUAAUGAACCCAUAAUUGAAUAAAUUUGUUAAAAUUC